AUGACUGCUGUUGCCAAUCCGCCGAGUUUCUCGAACCUCAAUCGCCCGGGAUGGAUUAAUGGGGGGCAGUCGCUGGGCCCAGUCAACGCUGACGACGCCAGGGGAAUCAACAUGUUCGCGCCUACUCGCAAGACCCUCCAGCGCUCCAACUCGUCGUCUUCCGUAUCCUCGACUUCCUCGACCUCGUCUGCCUCGUCCGUUACCACCGUCACCUCCAAUGCCAGCUCGCAGCUGAGCUCCGUGCCAACCAUGCCCACCACAGGGGAUGCGAAUCAGUGGAAUCGCAAGCGACCGCUCAAGCAAGGGCCAUGGACCAACGGGAAAACCGAUGGCGCGGUCGACUUCCCGCGGGCCACGGCUGGGCGGGUGCCCCAGAUGCCAAAUGGCCUGACCAACGGCGGCGCCGUGAUGCACAAUAGCCAGCAGUCCCUGGUGUCGACGACAAACAACAGCCAUAUACCCCCCAAUGGCCAGGCCAUACAGCAAGGCCAAACCAUCGUGACUCGGCAGCCCAUGCUCUGGCUGGUUUCACUUAACAGCAGCUUCGAGCGCAAGACCAUCACCGUGCCCUUUUUUCCCGAGACGCUCCGCAUAGGGCGUCAGACGAACGCGAAGACAGUCCCAACCCCGCAGAAUGGCUACUUCGACAGCAAGGUGUUAUCACGCCAGCAUGCCGAGAUUUGGGCCGAUGCCAACGGCAAGAUCUGGAUCCGCGACAUCAAGUCGUCGAAUGGAACUUUCGUCAAUGGUACCCGGCUAGCGCCCGAAAACCGCGAGUCGGAGCCGUGCGAACUGCAUGUACACGACCAUUUGGAGCUCGGUAUUGACAUUGUCAGCGAGGACCAGAAGACGGUUGUGCACCACAAGGUUGCGGCUCGGGUUGAGCAUGCUGGCUUCGUCACGACGACAACAAACAUCGCUGACGGUGGAACCUACGUCGACCUUGAAACUCCGAAUGGAACCAACAGCACCGGCAUGAUGCUCCCUCAGCCGGGACCGACCCCGGGAAGAGGACGAGCCGGCAGUCAACCGGGGGCUGCAGGGACUAACCGAUUGCAGCAAGGGAACAAUAAUGGAGGGGCACCAGUGAACGCAUUGGCACAACAGCGUCAAUACUGGCUUACUCCGGUAACCACAGAUCAUAUUGUCAAGAAGCUGCAGGCUGAAAUGCGCAAUGCCCGGUUACAGAACCAAGAUCUAGCUCGGACGAGCCAGUUUUUGAAAACUCUCUUGUCCAAAGACGAUAUCAGAAACGGGAAUAAACCAGAAGUUUCCGAAGCACCUAAGCAUCCCCUUGUCAAUGGGAACAUUUCUCUCCUGUCAGACGGCGGCAAGACUCGUUUCUCCGAUCCUCCCGCCCCUCCACCUUCGCAACCUCUUCCCGAAAAGCCAGAUGCUGUCCGGUCUUCUUCAGCAGACGGUCAGCCGACUAGGAAAGGAACGAACGAGCGGUCUAAGCAAAUCUCGACUUCAUCCCCGGGUCGCCAGGAUAAUAAGAAUCUUGAGCGAAUAUUGCAGUUGACCGAGGAGCUAAGCAAGGCUAAGCAGGAGUUGGAUAGCCACUCGGCCAAGAUCCACGACCUUGAGGAGAUGCUCAGCAAGGAGCGCGAGGCCCGACUGCACGCCGAGGAUAUGGUGCACAAGCUUGAAGAGAGCCGCAGCGCGAAAUUGAACGGCUCUACUGAGGCGCCUCUACCCGACGGCCAUUCGGAACUUGAUAGCGCUUUCGAACCUCCCAUCGAACAAUCCGCUAGCUCCGAGGCUGAAUCAGUCCCUGCACUCGCUCCUGCGCCAGUAGAGACUCCUGCCCCUCCACAGCCCGAUACCAAGGCUGAAGAGGUGAUAGCCGCAUUCCAAGCCCGCAUCGAUGCCAUGACGGCGGAGAUGAACAGCCUGCGGGAACAACUAGAUGCAUUCAGACUGCGCGCCGAAAGGGCCGAAGCCGAACGCGAUGCCGACCGCAAGACCCUCGCCGAGCUAGUGUUACAGAUUCGGCAACGCGAUGAAGAGGCUAGGCGGGUUGCCGAGCGCAGAGCACGGUCUCUGGAGAGGAGCAGGCGGCGGUCACCAAGCCCAGCGGCAAUCGAUGAAGAAAAGGCUGUCAAUGAAAUUAGUGCCAAUGGCGCAGCUAAAGCGCCUAAUUUUGGAGCCUCUUUGACAGAUGAAAAGGAAGUUGAUUCCCUGGAGUCAUUGAACGGUUCACUUGCCCCGUCCCACGGAACGACCCUCAAGCCCUCAAGCUCUGCCCUGAAGACAGACGGAACUGCCGCCGCCGCCGCUGCUGCUGUGGCAGAGGCGGUAACGGAAGCGCAAGCAGCGCUUGAGGCUACUCUCUCACCGGCUGCGAAUGCUGCUCAGCGGCAACAAGAUGCCCAGCAAGCGCAGCAACAACAGCUGCAGCAGAAGCAGAAGAAGGACCACGGUCCGCUCCUGCAGUCACUGCCGUACGCGUCCAUGAUUGGCGUUGUGCUGUUUGGCAUGGGCAUCAUGGCGUACUUGAAUGGAUGGCAGCCAAGCAGCGCGAGGCUGGAUCGCUAA